AUGUCGGAUUACGACUUUCGCCCUGGAGGCUCCCUCAAACUCAAAGGAGGGGUCGCUGAGGGCGGCAUUGUCAAAAAGAAGAAGAAAAAAUCCAAGACCAAGUCUGAUACCGCACUCAAGGACAAAGAAUCUAGCAGUGUCCAAGACCUUGUGUCUUUAGCGACCGAUGGAAACAAUGCCUCUACUGGUAGUGGUCGUAAUUCUCCUGCUUUGACGAGCAGUUCAUCUCGCAAGACUGAGGCAGAAAGGCGCUUUGAAGAGGUCCAGAAGCGCCGGCUCGAACAGCGUAUAUCAAAGUUGGCGCAUAAAACUCAUAAAGAUCGCGUCAACGAAUUUAAUGCCCACCUUGAAAGCCUUAGCGAGCACCAUGACAUCCCUAAAAUGCCUAAACCUGACAAGCCUACAAAUAAGCCUCACAUAUGUCCCCCUUCUACAGCCACCCACCCUUCAGACCGAUGGGAAUCCCUAUUCAUCUACUCAUUUAUUUGCAAGUUCACCAAUCUACGACAUAAGGUCGAGGGAUUGGAAUCACCAAUGGAUCUAGAGGAAGCUCUGAUGUUGCAAGAGCCAAACAACAUCGUGACCCAACUUUUGGUUCAAUUCGUGGUCAACCUCAAACCUCAGACGCGUAACUUGAGCACCGACCAAAUUUCUACUACAGUGGCGUCUGUGCUUUCGGAAUACUUCAAAAGUUCAGAGAGGACGAUCUUCUGGGACGAAAAACUGAACGCAAAUGUGGAUCCUUUCGAAGGUCUAGAAAGCGGUUUUUUUGCCACGCCUUGGGAUUUUAAGUUGAAAAUUCUACGACAGUUGGUUGAACUGCAAUUAACCCACUGCGCAGACAUCAAAGCAACCAUUGAUAGGGCAUGGGGCGUCGUCCACAACAAGCAUAAGAAGAAUCAGGCGCCCCUCGCGCCAUUGGAUCCAAGCGACCCAAAAAGUCAGGAACGACUACAAUUGCAGCCCAUAGGACAAGAUCAGCAACGCAAACGUUAUUGGAUUGCAGAUGAUUCACCACGUAUCUAUGUAUCAACCAAUCCAUGGAAGAUCACCGCAACAUUCCAAACAAUAUCGUCGACUCGGGAGGAAUAUAUUUCUAUCAUUGAAGACCUGAAGGCCAACGCACCCCCCGAACCUCCCAAAGGCAAAAAGCGAACGCGACUAGAAAAUGCACAUCUCGCGCUCAUAGAUACUCUGGAAAAGCGAAUUGAAGCAAUUGACGUGGAGCUAGCGGAUGAUGAUGGUGCAGAUGAAUACAACUAUCAGGAAGAGGAACGCCAAGAUGAUGAAUACGAAAUGGAAUAUUCCAAUGAUACCAGAAGAGUUCGGGGAGGACCAUCUGUAGGAACGCGACGCUCGACGCGUAAUGCGGCAGCAAAUGCCAACGGCAAACGUGAAGGCUCGUCGGAUUCUGCCCUGUGGCGGGGAGAACGUCGCUCUUCUCGAUUAGGUGGACCCGACAUUUACGCGGAAAUGGAACCGUCACGAAAACGGGCACGUACAGAGGAGAGCACUGCAAGUGCGCAAUCGACGGACGGGGUUUCGUCUGAAACUGUCGGGGUGACGAACGGCAUCAGAGUGAAGACGUCGGGAGCAGCUGCGCUGAAGCCGACGGAAGUGGCAAUGGAACAGAUAGCUGGGAAGAAACGGUCAAAAUUCUGGGUUUAUGCGGUAGAGCCGAUACCCGAGCCCAUUCCUUCUGCGCCAGAUCCACCAAACGAGGAUGAAGGGAUGAAUGAUGGAGGAGGUUCGGCAGAGAUGAACGGAGAGACAAUGAGCAGAGAGAGAAGCGGGUCUUCCCGGAGUCUGCUUCCAUCUAAACCAAAGUUCCGCUUUCGUGGCUGCCUUUACUCCCACCAUGUCCCCGCUCGCCCCCUUUCUACACACAUACAGCACCAUAUACCCGCUUCCGUCGACGACAGGGCCCUCAUAAAUCUCUUCGAUAGACCCUCCUCUUCAUUCAGACUCUCCUCUACCACACCCACUGGUCUUUUCGGCCAUCCUACCCUCACCCAUCCCGCUGCACUUAUAUCCCUUGCCGAUGCAACUCUAGUCCGAGCCCAGCUGUUGACUGCCCGUAUUCUCCGGGCUCGCGAGUCCCGGGAAGAGCUCCUCAAGGUCGUAAAGAACCUGGACAGGCUCAGCGACAUGCUAUGUGGCGUCAUUGACCUCGCUGAACUUGUCCGAAAUGCUCAUCCCGAUAGAGCGUGGGUGGACGCGGCCAAUCACGCGUAUGAAGCCCUCUGCGAGUUUAUGAACGUGCUGAACACAGAGGUUGGGCUCUACGAGGUUCUUAAAGUCGUGUUGUCAGACCCCUCGAUCGUCAAAACACUCACUCCCGAAGCGUACCAGACGGCCCUGAUAUUUUGGCGCGACUUUGAAAAAUCUGCCAUUGAUCUUCCCCCUGCUCAACGCAGCAAGUUUGUCUCCCUCUCUUCCGAUAUCCUGGUUCUCGGUCGACAAUUCCUCGAAGCAGCCAAUGCUCCCCGUGCUCCAGCCACUAUAAAACAUUUAGAUCUCGCCGGACUUAAAGAUAAGGGAAUGGGUGUCCGGUUGCAGCUACAAGCACAAUUCACCAAGCGUGAUUUGCUCGUAUACCCAGGAUCUAUGCAAGCACACAUGAUCAUGCGUUCUGCUCCGGAAGAGGAGCCGAGACGGCGAGUCUACCUAGCUGCCAAUUCCAGCACUCCAGAGCAGAUCGAAGUUUUGGAGGCCCUCUUACGGAAACGAGCCGAACUAGCCCAGUUGGUUGGACGGAAAAGUUUUGCACAUAUGACUCUCGAUGAUAAAAUGGCCAAGACUCCAGAAAAUGUACUCAAUUUUCUUGACGCUCUCCUUGACCACACUCGCCCGUUUGCAAGACGGGCACUGCACACACUAAGCCAGAGAAAACAAGCACACCAUGGACUAUCCUCUCUACCUAUCAUUCAGGCAUGGGAUAGAGACUUUUAUUGCCCACCUGAACCACCUGCACCACCUAUACCAUUACCACCACUAACGCUAGGCACAGUAUUUAUGGGUCUCUCACGCCUAUUUCAACAUCUUUAUGGGAUAUCUCUUCGUCCAGCAGACGCUUCCUCUGGCGAAGUUUGGCAUUCGGACGUACAUAAAUUAGAAGUUGUCGACCAAGACAACGGAGUCAUCGGAUGGAUUUUCGCCGACCUAUUUGCACGGCGGGGUAAGCCAAACGGCGCUGCCCAUUAUACUGUUCGGUGUUCGCGAAGAACGGACGACGAUGACGAGCACAGAGAUGGGACACUGGAAGGUGCCGAGCUACGGAUAAAAGAAUCCCAGGACUUCGAGGCUGUCAAGCGACACCGGCUACCUAACCAGGAUGGUGUAUACCAGUUACCUCUGGUGGUCUUACUUUGCGAAUUUCCUCGGCCGUCACUCGCCAAAGGACCUACAAUACUUGACUGGCAUGAAGUGCUGACUCUAUUCCACGAAAUGGGUCACGCUAUGCAUUCCAUGAUCGGUCGAACAGAAUACCAAAACGUAGCAGGCACCCGCUGCGCAACCGACUUUGUCGAGCUCCCCUCUAUACUAAUGGAACACUUCCUAAACUCACCCACCGUUCUCUCCCUCUUCGACGUCGACGAGACCUCCACUAUCCGCCAAAUCGGAAAUCACCACAACGACCCAUGCCAUUCUAUCGACACCUAUUCCCAGAUACUGCUCGCCGUCGUGGACCAGAUAUACCACUCACCUGACGUGAUCAGCCCUUCGUUUGACUCUACAGCUGCACUGGCACAGUUGCAUGAUACGCGCGGAUUAAUACCCCAUGUUCCUGGGACUUCUUUCCAGACACAGUUUGGCCACCUAUUUGGCUACGGCGCUACUUAUUAUUCAUAUCUCUUCGACCGCGCUAUCGCAUCUAGAGUAUGGCAGAACGUAUUUUCUGGCGAUCCUCUCAGCCGGAGUACUGGCGAAAAGUAUAAGAAUGAGGUGCUACAAUACGGAGGGGGUAGGGAUCCAUGGAAGAUGGUUAGUUCGUUAUUGGAUGCUCCCGAGUUAGAGACUGGAAAUGCAGAGGCUAUGCGUGAAGUGGGAAGAUGGAAAAUUGAAGACGAUGUUGGGCAGCCUGGACGACACUGA